GCGGCCGCCCGCACCAGCCUCAGCCCUCGCCUGGGCACGCUGUCGGCGGAGGCGCCGCCUUCCCCGCUGCCCCUCGGCGGACACUUCUCCGUCGGCGGGCUGGUCAAGCUGCCCGAAGACACGCUUGUCAAGGCGGAAAGCCCCGAGAAGCAGGAGCGGAGUCCCUGGAUGCAAACCCCCCGGUUCUCGCCACCUCCCCCGAGGCGGCUGAGCCCCCCCGCCUGCACCCUGCGCAAGCACAAGACCAACAGGAAGCCCCGGACGCCCUUCACCACGGCGCAGCUGCUGGCCCUGGAGAGGAAGUUUCGGCAGAAGCAGUACCUGUCCAUCGCAGAGCGUGCAGAGUUCUCCAGCUCGCUCAGCCUCACCGAGACCCAAGUGAAGAUCUGGUUCCAGAACCGUCGCGCCAAGGCCAAGAGGCUCCAGGAGGCCGAGCUGGAGAAGCUGAAGAUGGCAGCCAAGCCCAUGCUCCCGCCUGCUGCUUUCGGCAUCUCCUUCCCACUGGGCGGCCCGGCCGUGGCCGGUGCUUCCCUGUACGGCGCCUCCAGCCCUUUUCAGAGGGCAGGGCUGCCCGUGGCUCCUGUGGGACUGUACACAGCACAUGUAGGAUACAGCAUGUACCACCUCACAUAGAGCCUCAGCCCAGCCCAGCCCUGCUGGCUGUCUGCUCCUGCCGGCUCCACACACAUUCCCUCCCUGCUCCUCUGGCUCUUCUCUGUGGACUUCCCCAUGGACCCUAUGGCAGAGACUCCUCCAGUCUGGCUCUGCUUGACCUCUGUGCUUCCCCCUCUGAUGCUGAGCCCCUAUCUCAACACUGUUCUGAUGUCCUCAGCUGUCCUGGGGAGCUGGCAGAAACCCGAGGCAUCACCCCAGCUUUUUCCAGGCGCAGGGUGGUGAUGGGCCAACUGUGUCCUGCUUCUCUGGGUCUAGCUGGCAGCCUGCAGAGAGCACCCUGCCAUGGGGGAAGGAACUGUGGAAGAGAUGGAAAAAGGGGACUGAAUGACGGGAUGUAUUUCUUGCUUUCUGCAAGGCGAGGUCAAGAGGUAGAAGUGUAAAACAGCCUUUCCCUUUCCCAUGUAACAGCGUUGUCUGUUACCUUCUUUGCUCCUCCACCAGCUCCUUUGGAAGGGGCUCUGUGUACUAUGUAAUAUACUGUAUAUUUGAAAUUUUAUUAUCAUUUAUAUUAUAGCUAUAUUUGUUAAAUAAAUUAAUUUUAAGCUAC